CCGUUUGACAUCGCAAGAUCUGGACCAGCGUUAGAUAUGGCUCUGGAGAAAGUAAGAUACGUUUAUAAUGAUACUAUCAACUUUAAAUAUAUUUAUAAAGAUGGGGGUAGUGACUGUGUUCCGGACAUAGCAGGAGCUAUUGCAGCUGACGUCUUUCAUAAUAAAAAUGUUUCGGUCUUCAUUGGUCCAGGAUGCAGUCUUGCUGUUGAACAGAUCGGUUAUAUGGCAGCAAGAUGGAAUUUACCAAUUAUCACACCAGUUGGUACAUCAGCAACUCUAGCUAACAAGAAAGCCUUUCCAACUUUAACCAGAUUGGCUUUUGGACUUCAAGAAUUUGCAGUUUUUUAUAUGAAAUUGUUAGAAAUAUACCAGUGGAAGCAUAUAGCUUUGAUCUACGACACCGACUUUUCGUUUACAAAUAUUAUGGGUUCGUCUAUAUACGAAGAGUUCCGCACAACCAAACUGUCCAUGGUGUAUUUUCAAAUUCAAAGCAGUUCGAUAACCAGCGAAGAAUAUCAACGUAUUUUAGUCAAAGCAAAUGAUAAUGCUCGAGUGUUUCUGAUUUUUGCAAUGGCUGAUGAUAUACGUCAGUUUCUAUUAACGGCACAUGAUCUGGGUUUUACACAAGGUGAACAUGUUUUUCUUGCAACCAUACCUGUCUAUUUAAAACUGGAAUUUUGGAGACGCGACGAUUCUUAUGAUCAGAAAGCUAAAGAGGCGUAUAAAAGUGCAAUGUUCAUAACAUUAGCAGAAUCAUUUGACGUUAGUUAUAAAUUAUUUAAAAAACAAAUGAUUAACAGAAGUAGAAUUGAUUACGGUUUUGAAUAUGGAAGGGAAGAGCCAAAUGUAUUGCUUCCUCGAUUUUAUGAUUCAGUUCUUAUCUAUGCUCAAAUAUUGAAUGAAACUCUAACCGAAGGAGGGGAUCCAUUAAAUGGUCUUGCGAUGACCGAGAGAAUGAAAAACAGAACUUUCAAUGGAAUCAGCGGUAAAGUUUCAAUCAAUUCUAAUGGUGAUAGAUUUACUGAUCUAGUUUUAUAUGAUAUGACUAAACCGGAUGAAGGCGAGUUUGAGGUUGUCGGGUAUUAUGAUGGUCCUACCAUGCUGCGAUGGAGGCUUAAUGCUCAGAAAGAUUUAUGGUGGUGGAAAAUAGAAAAACAUGAGCUAGAAAUAAGUAGAAAGAUAGUAAACAGAUCUCGGCUGUCACAUCUAUCAAGGGUAUCUGAGAAUCAUAUUAAGUUUUAUGACUUGAAUUCAUUCAAACACAACUUUGAAAGAUCCUCGUUGAACAGUAGUAUUAUCCAUGCCACUGAAAUGAAUGUAGAUGUUGCAGUAUAUAAGGGAGUAACAGUGCAGGUUAAGAAACUAGAUGUUACUGAAGUACCCAUUACAAAACGGCUUUUAAAAGAAUUUAAAGAGAUAAGGGAUAUUACGCAAAGUAAUAUAGCCAAAGUUAUUGGUGCCUGUUUAGAAAGUAAUAAUAUAUGUAUCGUAUUGGAAUACUGCCCGAAGGGUACCUUACAAGAUGUCAUUGGAAACACGGAGAUUAAUUUGGAUGCUAAUUUCAGAUAUUCUAUAGCUAUCGAUGUGGCACAAGGAAUGACAUUCAUACAUCAGAGUUCAAUACAUCAUCAUGGUAAUUUAUCUAGUAUGGUUUGUUUAAUAGAUAAUAGAUUCUCUGUUAAAAUAACAGAUGUUGGAUUGAGAUAUCUGUAUACACCAGAACAUUUAAGAAAUGAUGAUGUGUUUGGAUCCAGAGAAGGAGAUGUUUAUAGUUUUGGUAUUAUUUUACAAGAAAUCCUGACUAGAGACUCCCCUUUCUCUCUCGAAGCAUCAAAUUUAGGAGCCAAAGAUGUAAUAAUGAAGUUGAAAGAAAAUAAGGGUGAACCAUUCCGCCCACAAGUUGAUUUUGUGCCUAAUUUGGGAGAUAUGGGUGAACUUAUGAAAAGAUGUUGGCACGAAAUUCCCUGCCAAAGACCAAUAUUCAAAACUAUCCUCAAGGAGUUGAAACAUAUGGCAGGGAAAUUGGGAGCCUCUGGAAGCUUCCUUGAUAACUUGUUGAGACGUAUGGAACUUUAUGCCAACAAUUUAGAGCACAUGGUGGAUGAAAAAACCCAGGAAGUUAAAGAGGAAAAGAAAAGAUCAGAAGAGUUGCUUUAUCAAAUUAUACCCAAAUCUGUAGCAGAAAGAUUAAAGCGUGGAUUGAGAGUAGAGCCAGAAGCGUUUGAUUGUAUCACUAUUUAUUUUAGUGAUAUCUGUGGAUUUACUACCAUUUCUGCUAGAUCGAAACCAAUGGAGGUAGUGGUGGAUUUGCUGAAUGAUUUAUAUUCGUGCUUUGAUGCCAUUUUAGAAGAAUUCGACGUGUACAAGGUAGAAACUAUUGGUGAUGCCUAUAUGGUAGCUUCUGGUUUACCACAAAGAAAUGGACAUAAACAUGCUGAAGAAAUAGCUAGAAUGUCACUUGCCUUACUUAAAGCUAUAGAUUCAUUUCGUAUGAGACAUUUACCUGAUGAAAAACUUAAAUUACGUAUUGGUCUUCACUCAGGACCGGUUUGUGCUGGUGUUGUAGGGAUUAAAAUGCCGAGAUAUUGUUUAUUUGGUGAUACAGUUAAUACAGCAUCUAGAAUGGAAUCACAUGGUGAAGGAUUGAGAAUUCAUAUGAGCGAAUCAACGACAGAAAUUCUACAACUGGAUAGUUGUUUUGAAGUAGAAAAACGUGGAGACAUCGAAAUUAAGGGCAAGGGAUUAAUGACAACGUAUUGGUUA